UUGGCGAUGUCGGCGGCCGGAGCUGGGUCGCUGUGCUCGGCCCGCCUGGAGAGCGUGCGGGCGCUGUCGGGGCUGCUCCGGGAGGCGCGGCGCAGAGAAGUGGCAGAAGAAAGUGUAUUUCGAGACCUCCUGGAAAUCCUGACCAGUGCCUCCCGUGCCAUUGAGCAGAGCUGCAAGGACUCCUGUGGGCUGGCAGAUGUGGACACCUGCCUGCUGCUCGUAGCCGAGUGCUUCAGGUGCCUGAGGAAUGCCUGUGUGCAGUGUGCCAGGAACCAGCACCUCCUGAGGAAUUUGGGUCUCAUCUCUACAUCUGUCCAUUUGAUCAAACUGCUUCAUGGAAUGCAAGUCAAAGAAGAAUUGUUAUUGCCUGCUCUUCGUUGUAGUCUCCAGUUUCUUGGAAACAUUGCAGCAGGAAAUGGAGAUUCCCAGAAUAGCCUUUGGAAGUGUGCUUUCCCAGAUCUCUUCUUGACGUGCCUGACGCACAGCGACAGGAAGGUUGUUGCCUAUUGCUGCAUGGUCCUGUUCACCUGCCUGGACCCGGGGAAGGUGGGAGAGCUGCUGCACCCUGGGAACUUCGCUGUGGCUCUGCACGUCCUGAGAGUCUACAGGGAGCAGCUGGAGUCCGAGUGGUCGUUGCUGAUUGUUACAGACCAUUUGCUGCCAUGUCCCGAGCUGGUAAAAGCCCUCUACACCAAACUGAGCAAUCAAGAAAGAGUUACUCUGUUGGAGCUGAUGCUGGCGAAGGUGGGUGAGAAGAGCUGUGUUGGCAGUGAGGAGCUGGAGGUGUUGGAGAGCCACGCUGCCUUCCUGGCGGGCUGUUUCCAGGAGCAGUGUGGAGCCGUGCUCAGGUUCACUGCUGCAGCACAGGCACAGGAUCAGGAAGCGCUGGUGACAGUGCGGCUCCUCGAUGUCCUUUGUGAGCUGACCUCCAGCAGUGGGCAGCUGGGCCGGCUGCAGGCUCUGCCUGGGCUGCUGGAAGCAGCUGUAGAUACCCUGAGAUUAACUCACCUUGCUGGGAAACAAGCUGUGAAUGUUUUCACUGCCACACAUGCCGUGACAGGGCAGGAAGAAGUUUCACAUCCAGCCGUGGGUUUUAAAUCUCAUCUCAUUCGUUUGAUUGGAAAUUUGUGUUACAAAAAUAAGGAAAACCAAGACAAGGUGUAUGAGUUGGAUGGCAUCCCCUUGAUUCUGGACAACUGCAGCAUUGAUGACAACAAUCCCUGUAUCCUUUACAAAAGAGUUCUGUUUUUUGAGUGUGACUCACAGAAGAGGUGUGGGGUUUCACAGGUGGGUGCCAGCACUGCUUUCACUGGGUGCCCAAGUGUGACUGGCCUCAGGACUUUAUAGGUUGUGUUUAAAAUGGUUCAGAAGUGAGCAAAGGCACAAAUAGGCUUUCAUGAGCUGGAUUCUGAGUAAGUUGAAUUGUGGUUAUAUUCUGUUUCCUAAAAUAAUAAAUAUUGCUGGUUUGCAAAUGUCAGCUCAGAGAGCCAGCUGUGACAGGAAUCUGAAUCCAAACUCUGACUGUUGUGUCAGAUCUUGGAGCCUUUGCUUCCAUUGAAGCAUCUGUUCAGGAGGCUGAAACAGUACCCCAUCAAUUCUCUGCACUUAAUAAAUGGGGUUGGGGAGGUUAUUCUAAGCACAGAGUCAAGGCUAACAGGGUGUUGUAAGAAUGUUUAUAACUGAGAAAAUCAAUGGUGCUCAUUACUGAAAUGCUGAGGAGAUUUUAAUGUAAAUGGUAUUGUGCUUCAUAUUAUCUUCUUCCUGGGGUUUAAGAGCAGAGACUUUCCAAGACAGAUUGCUGUUAGAGAGAAAUGACUUUAUAUUGAAGAGAAGCAGUUGUUAAGCAGAGUUUCCCAUCUCUUGAGGCACCACACAGUCAUCCUGCCAAGUGUGUUUAGUCAGGGAUUCUCUGCCAUCUGAUCAUUAGCUCUGUGUGAGUUUCUGCUGCUACAACUUUGC